GACAAGAGUACGAUAAAGCACAGAAUUAAGGAAUAAUCCAGCAUUACUAAAAUCUCCACAACGCAACCUGCGCAGGGGAUCCCUUUCGCAACCCGGAUUUAUGGACCAAAACAAAGGACCCCCUUCGCCGUGGUAAAUCGCGGAUUGGAGAAAUUAAGGAACCAUGGCCACUUUUGGGGUGAAAACGGGAGGAACAGCUGGAGCGACAGCAGGAGGCGGAUUCUCAUUUGGAAAUCAGAACCCGGCAGGGGGUGGAUUCAAUUUUGGCCAAGUUCAGCAACAACAGGCAACCCCAGCAGCAGGAGCAGUGGCACCCCAAGCCAACAAGAGCCUGUUUGGCACUCCUCCUGCUGGCACUCAGCGCCUUGGGUUUAAUUUUGGCACUUUGGGUGGCACUCCCAGUACCUCAGCAGCUGCCACAACAAGCACGGCCUCCAGCUUCAGCUUCAGCUCAACGGCCACCCCAGCUACCUCGACCACUACCUUUGGGGGCUUCAACUUCAGCAGUACACCAGCUGCCACCAGUGCAAGUGGCUUCUCGUUAGGUGGUGCGACGCAGAGUACAGGGACCACAGGCUUCAGUCUCGGGGGAACCAGCCUGGCCCCCACAGCUACCUCAAGCGCAGCAGGCACCGCCUCUGGCUUCUCCUUCACAGGUCUUGGAGGAGCCACAGCAACCUCAGCUGCUCCUGCAACAGAUUUUUCAGCUGGAUUAGGGGGUGCACAAGCCCUGCAGACCUCACAGGCACCCAAGCUUGGAGGCGGGUUUGGGUUCACAAGUUUACAAACCACAACCACCACCACAAGUUCCACUGGCCUUGGGGGUAUCAACAUAGGACUUGGAGGGGCACAACCCCCAUCAGCCAGUGCAGGUAACAACAAUGUAGGAGCAAAGCCAGAUGGCAAGUCUGCAAAGGAGCAGCUUUUAACAAAUGACUUGUUUGGAACCAUUGCACUCUUUGAAUCUCGCCGCGAUGCAGAGAACUCGGCCUCAGAGGAGAACAUCCGGCAGACAGCUGCGCCCUUCCAUAAGGUGGCCAAGAAAGCGACGGAGAUCCAGCAGCUGCUUGCCGAGCUGGCUAGCGAGUACCAGCAGCUGCAUGCCAGUGCUGUUAAUCUCAAGGCAGAUGUAAUGAAGGAAGCAGAGCACGUUGAGAUGGCCAGGCGGACCAAGGAGACCCCCAUGGCCCUCCAGGGGGAAAACAAAGCCCCUGAGAUGUACUUCAUUAACCUUGUGCGGUACUUUGAGUCCGAGAUGAUGUACUGCCGUACCAAGAUCGAGGAGGUGUCAGUGUGCAUGCAGGCGGCCAGCAACCCCAAUGAAACGCCUGAUGACAUAGCAGAGGUGCUGCAGCGUGAGCACGACACACUAAAGGAGUUGGCCAGCAAAGUGUAUUCCAAGCACUCGCUCCUUGUCGAGCUAGGUCACCGCCUCAACACCUCCACCAAGCCCAGCGACCAGGGCUUUUUCCGACCCCAGUCCAAGGAGGAUACCAAGAUCCCUGCGUCAGCUGUGGUGCGGCCAGUGCUAGGGGGCAGCAGCGGCCUCCAGGCAUUCCAGGAGCAGCAGGAGCGAGCUAAGGCUGUAACACUAGGUGCUGCCCCCCCCACCAUGCCCCUCGCACAAACCACCACACCUUCCAUGUUUGGAAGCAAUCCCAAUGCCUCGAGCCUUUUCCCAACGGGCACUGGUUUCUUUGGGACCGGCAGCUUCAAUUUGGGCUCCCAGACUGCCAACACAACCUUUGGGGCCUCGAAGACCUUUGGCGGAAACACCUCCACCUUCGGGGCAUUCGGCAGCAACACUCCUGGGGUCCAGCAGUCGAGCCCCUUUGCCAUUAGCUCCCCCUUCAACACGAAGCCGUUCGGAGACGAUGAUGGCGACAGCAGACGGAAAAGGCGCCUGUGAACACCAGCAACAAAUUUUGUUAAGAUUGUUACUUAUAAUAAGAGAUAAAAAAAAAAAAAA